UCAAAUCAUCCUUUUUAACAGUCACUGUUGUUACAUCACACCAAGCUUUCAAGCCUAGGGUUUCACUAACCUGCGCCGCCGUGCUCAGCCACCUCGCCGGACAAAACCACCACCACCGCCAAUACGGAAACUAUCACGACUGACAUUAUCCGUACACCUACCGCAAUUCGACGACAAUCAAGGAUGCCGGCGGUGUAUCAGCAAAUUUCUGCUUUCAAGAGCUAUAGUUCGUGGGGAAAGGACUCUGUGUUCCAAUUUGUACGCCCUAAUUCUACAAGUGCUCACAAUAGGAGUGCAAGAUGGACAGCCCCAUCUGCAGCUAUAAUUCCUAACUUUCACCUUCCUAUGCGCAGUUAUGAAGUUAAGAACAGGACCUCGACAGACGACAUCAAGUCACUUCGGUUAAUCACAGCCAUUAAAACUCCCUACUUGCCUGACGGGCGGUUCGAUUUGGAGGCUUAUGAUGACUUGGUAAAUAUGCAAAUUGAAGACGGAGCUGACGGUGUAAUUGUCGGUGGGACCACCGGUGAAGGUCAGUUGAUGAGCUGGGAUGAACACAUCAUGCUUAUUGGUCACACCAUUAACUGCUUUGGCACGUCAAUUAAGGUUAUCGGAAACACGGGAAGUAACUCAACUCGAGAAGCUGUGCACGCAACCGAACAGGGGUUUGCAGUUGGAAUGCACGCAGCCCUACACAUCAAUCCAUACUACGGUAAAACUUCACUGGAAGGCAUGGUUGCACACUUCCAAUGCGUGCUCCCAAUGGGCCCCACAAUCAUCUACAACGUGCCAUCCCGAACAGGCCAAGACAUCCCGCCACGUGUCAUCCACUCGAUUGCUGGCAGCGCCAACUUUGCAGGCGUUAAGGAAUGCGUGGGCCAUGACAGGGUCAACGAGUACACCAAAAACGGGGUCACCGUAUGGAGCGGGAAUGAUGAUGAGUGCCACGACUCAAAGUGGGACCAUGGUGCUACGGGAGUUAUAUCGGUUACAAGCAAUUUGGUUCCGGGCUUGAUCCGGGAACUGUUGUCACAAGGCAAGAAUCCUUCACUUAAUAAAAAGCUUCUGCCUUUGAUGAAGUGGCUGUUUUGUGAGCCGAACCCGAUUGGGGUGAACACUGCUUUAGCACAGUUAGGGGUGAUAAGACCUAUCUUUCGGCUACCGUAUGUGCCACUCCCGUUGGCCAAACGGGUGGAGUUUGUGAAAAUAGUGAAGGAAAUUGGGCGGGAAAAUUUCAUAGGAGAGAAAGAUGUUCAGGUUCUUGAAGAUGAUGAUUUUGUGUUGGUGGGUCGUUAUUAGUAGAGUAAUUUUACAUCAAAUUUCUGGGUUUUUGUUUUUGUUUUUUUUUUUUUUGCCUAUUUACAUAAUAAAUAUUUCUUGUGUUAUGUUUGUAUGUUUGCUUAAAACUGUGUUAAACUGAUCGGUUUUGGUUUUAUGUAUGAGUUUGGUUUA